AUGACAGCAAUUGAAGAAAUGGCUGGAAUGGAUGUCCUCUGUAGUGAUAAAACUAGAACUCUUACCCUGAAUCGCCUCACUGUCGAUCGAAACCUUAUUGAGGUUAUUCAAGAAGGGAAAAAUCUUUUUGUCUACAGGCAUGUGCAAACAUCACAGAAGUGCAUUUCCUUCAUUUCAAUCCAGUGGAGAAAUGCACUCCAAUUACGUACAUUGAUUCUAAUGGCAACUGGUAUCGGGCCAGCCAAGGAUCUUUUGAACAGAUUGGUUUUUGAUGAUGUUUGGAAGCAUACUUGUAAAUCAAGAUCAAGUGUUGAAUUUUUUUUUUCUUGA